UACACUGAAAUGGUAACAAAAAAAAAAAAGGAAAAAACAAAAACAAGCACUAUAUCUGCAGCUGUAGAUGAAUUGUCAUAGGCCGAGAGAUUUCCGAGAAAUUGACUUUUUCCACACUCACCAUUCCCAUCUGUCCAUUAAAUGCGUGCCAUUUCGGAAAAGAGUGACAGAAAAAACAGCCAAAAUAUCAGAUAAUAACUAAAACUAGAAUUACUGAUCCUCAGUUCCAUGUCUUCUUGAAUUACGUUGCAGUCUUUUUUUUUUUUUUUUUGGUGUUAUUCGAUUCUAUUUCUACCUGUGUAAGUUGAUUGAAAGAGAGAACGGGAUACCUAUGUAAGUUGAUUGAAAGAAAGAACGGGAACUAAGUGUUGUCUUUGGUUUUAGGGAUAAUUAUUUAUAAGUAACGAUGAAGUUCUGCAAGAAAUAUCAAGAGUACAUGCAAGGACAAGAGAAGAAACUACCUGGGGUUGGUUUCAAGAAGCUUAAGAAAAUUUUGAAGAAGUGUAGGAGGGAUUUUCAAUCCAAGAAAGACGUUAAUGGGGUUCUUGAUCACAUCCAAACUUGUCCUCAGCAUUGUACAGUGUGCGACGGGACCUUCUUCCCUUCCCUUCUCCAAGAAAUGUCUGAUGUAGUAGGCUGCUUCAAUAAGCGUGCACAGAAAUUGCUUGAACUGCAUCUGGCUUCUGGCUUCAGGAAGUAUUUCAUUUGGUUCAAAGGCGCUCUGCAAGGAAGCCAUGUUGCCUUGAUUCAAGAAGGGAAGGACCUGGUUAACUAUGCAUUGAUUAAUGCUAUCGCAAUUCGAAAAAUACUCAAGAAAUAUGAUAAGGUUCAUUACUCCAAACAAGGACAAGCCUUCAGGACACAAGCACAAAGUAUGCACAUGGAAAUUCUUCAAUCACCAUGGUUAUGUGAGCUUAUGGCUUUCCAUAUAAAUUUGAGUGAAACCAAGGUCAAAUCAGGGAAGACCCCUGCAUUAUUUGAGGGCUGCUACCUUAUAUUUAAUGAUGGCAAACCAUUCCUGUCUUGUCAACUCUUUGAUUCUGUCAAGCUUGAUAUUGACUUAACUUGCUCUAUAUGUUUGGAUACGGUAUUUGAUCCAGUAUCCCUCACUUGUGGACAUAUAUUCUGCUACAUGUGCGCUUGUUCAGCUGCGUCUGUGACCAUUGUUGAUGGACUGAAAUCAGCAGCGCCAAAAGAAAAGUGUCCUUUAUGUCGAGAGGCAGGAGUUUAUGAAGGUGCUGUACAUUUGGAUGAGCUUAGUAUACUAUUAAGGAGAAGCUGUCGUGAAUACUGGGAGCAGCGACUUCAGACAGAAAGAGUGGAGAGAAUCAGGCAGGCAAAGGAACACUGGGAAUCCCAGUGUCGGGCAUUUAUUGGUGUCUGAUUAUCAGUUGUUUCUUUUCCCCUGUAAUAUAUUCCAAGUGUUCUAAUUCCUAGGGCAAAUCAUUAUUCAAUAACAUUUGCUACCAUGUAUUUGACUUAAUGGCAUGAUGUAUAUCUGCUCACAAUUUCCAAAUAAUGAAGAUAAUUUCUUGAAAUGGACUAUUACCUCGGAGAUGGAUGAAUCUGUUGAUUACCUCCCUAUCUAGGGAUUUUGCAUGAUCACCACUUUCAAGGGAUUACUUAGCAGAUAAGAUGGGCGUUGCUGGGAUCACUUUCACAAAUCUUUCCAAUUUCCAGUUGGCACUUCUGUUUCCUUU